UGAAGAGAAAGAGAAUUCAAUUUAACAUUCUAUUCUCCAAAGAUAUGUUUAAAUGCUAGUUGAUUAGAGCAAAUAACGCUAUUUAUUAAUAAUUGUCUUCCCGUGACUCAAUCCAACGGAACUCAUUUAGUAAUUAUAUGUUUGAAGUAACACAUUUUUUGUGAACAUUGCAUGUUAUAUAACUUUAUUAUUAGAAUAUUCUCCUCCAAUUUUGUUACAUUUCCAGGCAUAGUUAUGACGAGCAAAUUGUGGUACGUUUCUUGUAUAAAUUUACGUGCUCGGUAUAGUCUGCAAUUUUGUCAAAUUCGAAAGCAAUGCCUUUUCUUUGAUGUUAAAAAUCCUACAAUCAGUAAAUGUUUUUCUAGAAACAUGUGUACUGUUCCACAAUUACCCAAAAAGAAGGAGUAUGGUGCUAAGAAGGGACCUAUUUCCUGGAAAACACUGCUAGUUACAUUGGGAAUCGGUACGAUUUUUAUUGUCGGAAUGCAAUAUGUUAAAAAAGAAAAACAGCUUGCAAUUGAUAAGCGGCGAAAACGAGAGAUAGGCAAAGCUGCAAUAGGAGGAAGAUUUGAUUUGGUAGAUCACACAGGUGUGCCAAGAAAAAGUGAAGAUUACAAAGGAAAUUGGUUAUUGAUAUAUUUCGGAUUUACGCACUGUCCUGACGUAUGUCCGGAAGAAAUAGAGAAAAUGAUUGCAGUUGUUGAUGAUUUGGAUAAAACACCUAAUUUACCCAAAAUCACACCACUUUUCAUCAGUGUCGAUCCUGAAAGAGAUAGUGUUGAAACUGUUGCAAAAUAUGUUAAGGAAUUUUCACCAAAGCUUGUUGGUUUAACCGGAAGUAAAGAACAGGUGCGCCAGUGUACAAGAGCCUAUCGCGUCUAUUAUAGUCCUGGUCCCAAAGAUGAAGAUGAUGAUUAUAUUGUUGACCACACGAUUAUUAUGUAUUUAGUGGAUCCAGAUGGUGAAUUUGUUGACUAUUACGGGCAAACAAAAACUGCUGAACAGGUUGCCAAUGGUAUAAGCAUGCAGAUGCUUAAAUACAAACAAGCUAAUAAACAAUCUUGGAUUUGAUCGAUGUGCAUGCCCGAACAUCAGAUGAUAGUAAUUUCAUGUUUUAUUUUUAUAACUUAUUGAAUCAGUGAUGAGAACAAUUAAAAUUGUUCAAAUAUGUCUUGCUCAUCAAAAUGUGUGAUUCAGUUUUGUUGCAAAAAAAUAAAUAUCGCGUUUAG